AUGGUACUAGACGAUGCUGAGGCAAGGUUUUUUCCCUUAUGUCAACUGUUAGUAGACUCACCAGAUUGCUUGUCUCAAGACGAGUCGAAUGAAAUUAUUCCACUGUUAAUACAACGACGUCAUCCUAAUUCUCAACAACGUCUUGAACAAUUAGUUAUUGAUGCUUGGAAUCAAAUUCCACAAUCUGUAAUACGUGGUUAUAUUGACCAUAUUCGAGAUGUUUGUUAUCAAGUAAUAGCGACUCAAGGCUGGGAAAGUUUGGGAUGA